AUGAUAAUAUCUUGGAAUGUUAAGGGGAUUAAUAACUCAGGGAAAUGUCAUGAGGUUAUCUCCCACCUCAAAAACCUUAACCCUGUUAUGGCUAUAUUAAUUGAAACUAAAGUUAAGUUCAGCAAUGUCAAGAAGGUGAUCAAUAAAUUUGGUAACAAAUGGCAACUGAUAAACAACUAUGUGAAUCACAAUAAUGGUAGGAUAUGGAUUCUUUGGGAUGACACAAGAAUUAAAGUUGUUAACCAUGGUUUCCCUGCUCAUCACAUUCAUUGCAGUCUUCACUAUCCUACUGGUGAGCUAAUAAACGGGUGUACAACUAUUUAUGCUCACGAUCAACUAUAA